AUGGCAUCUUUUGGCAAGACAUCAUUUUCUCAUGCAUCUUAUGCAUCUUUUCGGCCAUCGUAUCCACAACACCUAUACGCCAUCGUCCUGGGCUUCCACAAUGGACCCCGAAGACUACUCGUUGAUCUUGGAACAGGUCAUGGACUGAUCUGCCGGUCCCUGGCAAGUGUAUUCGAGAAGGUCGUAGGGACAGAUCCAUCCGAAGGGAUGAUUAGGCAAGCGAAGACGGCUACCACAAAGGAUGAAUAUCCCAAUAUUGACUUUGUCCGAGCCUCUGCCGAGUCCCUCCUUUUCAUCAAGGAUGGAAGUGUCGACAUGGCGGUGGCUGGACAAGCUGCUCACUGGUUUGACUACCCCAAACUGUUUAAAGAGAUGAGAAGGAUCAUAAGACCUGGCGGUACGUUGGCCUUCUGGGGAUAUACCGACUACGUCUUUCGUGACUAUCCUAAAGCUUCAAGAUUAUUGCACGAGACGGCAUAUGGUAUGAGCAAAGAUCUUCUCGGUCCUUAUUGGCAGCAGCCCGGGCGGUCAAUAGUGCAGAAUUUCUUGAGGGAUGUCAAGCCUCCACUAGGUGAGUGGGAAGUCGAAAGACGUGAAUAUGACCCAAAUCUCCUGGGACCACAAUCGAAACAAGGUAGGUUCGUGAUGGAGAGGCGCAUGCCUGUGGUAGCAACUAUGGAGUACAUGCGGACGUGGAGCAGCUAUCAUGGCUGGAAGGAGACGCAUCCGGAUAAGAGAGCUAGGAGUGCUGGUGGGAAGGGUGAUGUGGUGGAUGCGGUAUUUGAACAGUUUAGAGAGGCGGAGCCGGACUGGCAAGGCCAGGAGAAUUGGCAGGAUAAGGAAGUGGAUAUUGAGUGGGGCACAGCGCUCGUUCUGGCGAGGAAAAAGGAAUAG